CUGGGUCCACAGGCCCCACCCGGGUACAUAGAGGAGAGCGGGUGUGAGCCCGUGCUGUCUAAAGUGGGAGCCCUCCUGCGCUGCUGGAGACCCGCCAGAGGCCAGGAGACCCUGAUGCCCCCCAACGACGCCCCAGCUCACCAUGCCAGUGGUCACAGGUCAGGACGUCAAGGUGUGGCAGAAAGUGUUUCGGGAACUAAUUCAGGAGGUGAAGCCGAGGCACCAGUGGACACUGACCCUAGACGGAGGCCUCACCCCCAGCGGCCUGCAGCCGGGGUGGACACAGUACCAGCAGCGGGUCUUUGCCAGGUUCAGGUGCUCCUUGUGCUCUCGCAGCUGGGCCUCUGCCCACGUGUGUGUCCUCUUCCACAUGCACUGGAGCAAGAUGGAGUCCAAGGGCCAGGUGAGGAUGAGGAUCUUCGCCCAGAGGUGCAAGAAGUGCUCUCAGCCUCCGUUUGAGGUUCCCGAGUUCACGGAGGAGAACACGUCGAGGAUCCUGAACAACCUGGUGCUCCGAAUCCUCAGGAGCUGCUACAGGGAAGGGCACACGUCAGCGGAGGAGAUCCCUACCCUCAAGGACACCGUUCUCGAAGGGCCGCACGACGCGAACAACUGUGAGGCGUGUCUGCAGGGCUCCUGUGCUCAGAGCGGGUUAGGUCUGGCCAAACGGCCACCCAUGUCCCCGCCACGUCCCAAAAUAAGCCCCCCGAAUGGCGGGAUGCCCGCCUAUCAGCCUUCUCCCGCGAGGAACAGCACCCAGGAGGACGCAGGGACCGCCAGGGUGAAGGAAGGGAAGGUGUUCCCCAGCCCCUGGUUUUCGGAGCCCCCAGCGAACACCACCUACAGGUCGGACAGUGUAAUCCACGUCUCCCCCGCUGAGAAUUCAUGCCCCCCCGAGGGCCAGAAUCACACGCCCCGCUGUUCAGAUUCUGGUCGAGAUAUUUCAAGUAUCCGUUGCUGUAAGUCAAAGAUCUGUUGCUGUUCAAUCAUUUCAAUCGCAAUCUUAAUCUCAAUCUCAGUCUUGAUCGUGGUCCUGUGGCGGUUUACUUAAAAACCACUACAUGGAUUUCAAACAUGUUGGGCUAAGUUUAAAAAGUCAGACACGCCAAGUCAUAUAUUGUGUGAUCCCACGGGUGUGAAAUGUUCGGAACAGGUAAAUUCAGAGACAGGAAGGAGACGGGUGGCUACCGGCGGCUGGAGCAGAGGGGGAGUAGAAGCCGCCGCGUCAUCCGCCUGGGGUUUUCCUGCGGGGGCAGCAGUGGCAAAAACAUUUGGGAAGGACACAGAAGGGGUGGCUGCACAACUCGU